AUGAGAAAGGAACACGAGGAGAAAAUGAAAGCAGAAAUGGAGAAGCUUGAAGAAAUGCAAAAGAACCAGGCAUGGGCUGCGGCUGUAUCAAAUGGAAUGAGAGCCGAGAUGGAGAGGCAACUUUAUCUUCAGAGCAGGGGUAUCAAUCUGGUCGACUACUUCUCUCAGCACCCGGACACUGGCUUUCCGGGAUAUAUGCAGCACCAGGCAGCUGCUAAUCGAAGACAGGACGUUCAUUGGCAGGGGCCGCGGCAAGGCGCUCCUCAGUCAAAUCAGCAGAAGAAUGAGAAGAAAAAGAGUAGGAAAGGGGAUCAAUACGCAAAUUACGAACAGCCCGGGGCUGAGGCUGGGUAUAGCGGCUACCCCUGGACAGACACAACUGCUGGGCCCCCGGGUCCAUCGGAAUAUGCGACAGAUUGGGGUAACGCUAGCCAUGGACUCCAACCUUACGGUCAGGAUCCGGCACAGAAGCACAAAAGUAAGAAGGGAAAGAAAGGUCAACAGGAAGGGGCCGAUCAGCGGACAGGGUAUUCGUGGCAAAACGGCGCCGCUGAGGGACUCUCGUUCGGAGGCCACGGCCAGUUCUUUGGCCAUGCUCAGAAUCCAAAUGAUUGGGGUACUCCGGCCGGUCCUGCUCUAAAUUCAGCCCAGCAUAUUGGUUGGGAUGAGCAAGCAGCUGACGGCAAGAAUAAGGGGAAGAAGAAUAAAUCGUCCAAGAAGCAGCGCAACUGGCGUGACGAACAAGUCGAUCCAUAUAACGCCCAAGGCGAGGGUUGUGGUGCGUGGGGCUCGCAAAUGCAGAAUGACCAUGUGCAGUAUGAUGCUUCUGGAAAGAAUCACGAACCGAGCCAAAGCCCGGGUGGAUGGGGCGGAGCUUCACAUGGCGAUUACGGUGGCUUCGCAGCAGACCCAAGCAGCGGCUGGCCAGCAGAGGAUCAGGUGGCCGCAGACGCUGGAAAGCAAACCAUAUCGAAAAGAGGUGGUCCCCUUAAAGGCAUUCUCAAACUUUUCCGGCGUGGUUCCAAGAAACAAUCGGGCAACUAUGCAAGCAACGACUGGGCAGGCCAGAGUGAUUGGGGUGCUCCAAAUGUUCAGGUUCAGGUCGAGACACAUACACAAGCGCAAAAGACUGAUUGGAGUACGUGGCCCGCUGCUGGAGAACCCAGUGGUGUUCAAGGCGGACAUGCCAGCGGAUACGGUGGUGCUGCUCCCAAUCCUGGCUGGCCUGGCUCACUGACUGCCACGGGCGGUGGAGGAUGGCCAACGGGGGCUACGAAUCAGGUUCAAGACCCAGGCUGGGAGCAAGGCGGUAUGUCAACCCAUCGAGGUCAAGAUGGGGGCUGGGUUGAUCUGGCUGCUAUGGCAAUGUCCCAAAAUGAUGGCGGACACUGGUCUCAAGCCGCCACAUCUACGCAUCGGGGCCACCAAGGAAGAAGCUGGGAUCAGACAGCAAAUGGCCACCCUCCGUCGAUGCACCACGGCCAGGGCGGUUUUAUGCCACAAGCGAAUGGCCCCCCAGCUCAGUCACUAUAUCGUGGGGGAGGCGGAUACGGAAGGUCCCCAAUGCCCGGCAUGAGGCCUGCCCUCGAUCCCAAUGGAUUUUUGGCAGCAGAAAAUGAGAAGUGGGCUGCUCGCGUUCCACAGAACCCUACUGCCAAAGCGCUUAUGCAAGGCUUGCAAAAUGGCCACUCUCGCCAGCCGGCUGAGCACGCCUACUACAGGCAACAGCACGAGAGCGCUCUGGAGGACUCCGACCCUAGCGAUGGGCAUCACGACCUUGAAGAAAACAUUGGCGAUUUUUUGACGAGACUGGAGGACCCUCGAAGUCUAGACAUCCUCUCAGGCGACAACAGACGGGUAGGAAGAGGCAUUGAAAGAGAACCAUAA